CGCAACAUACCUCUUGGACAUACUCCCGGUGUUCUCAGCGAUGCCGUUGCAGAUCUCACUGUAUUACUGGUGUUGGCAGCAGCACGCAGAAUGCGUGAGGGCAUUAAAGCAGUUGAAAAUGGCACACAAUUAACCAAUAAGACUAUCGGUAUUGUUGGUCUUGGGCGCAUUGGUAUAGCGACUGCUUUUCGACUGAAGCCUUUUUUGGGUACAAAUGGAAGGAUAAUUUAUACUGGUGUCAGUGAUAAGCCAAAACCUGAAUCUCUUGGUGCGGAUAAAGUACCAUUUAACGUCUUGUUAGAAGAGUCGGAUAUUAUUUGUAUAUGCUGCGCUUUGAAUGAACAGACAAGAGAAAUGUUUAAAUAUGAUGCUUUUAAGAAGAUGAAGAAAAAUGCUAUACUUGUAAACACUUCACGCGGUUCAAUUAUUUGUCAAGAUGAUCUUUUGCGUGCUUUGUCAGAAAAUUUAAUAGGAGCAGUUGGAUUAGAUGUAACGACUCCAGAGCCAUUAGACCAUAAUCAUCCAUUGUUGAAAUUCCCCAAUGUUAUUAUUAUUCCACAUUUGGGCUCUGCGACAUUAGAAACGCGAAAUUUGAUGGCAAAACUUGCAAUAGAAAAUGUUUUGGCCGGC